UGUACAGCCUCCUUCAGCCACCUGCCGACCAUCAAAUCCAUAUCAAACUGGAUCAGAAAUUGACAUUUCGAAUUUUACAGGUGCAUCGUCCUUUUCCUUCCCCUAGUUUUUUGCACUAUUUUCCAUAUUUUCGCCGAGGCAUCGUCCUUGUCCUUCAAGUCCCAUAUUUGUUACAAAAUCCUACUUUGAAGAACCUUUCCUUGCAGUCUCUCUAUCGUCAUUGUUCUUUGCUCCAACGUGGGCAACGGACGAAAUGUUGAUAUAAUUGUUGGGGAGCAUCAGUUCUUUUCAAAUACUGUGGCAUAUCAAGUAGAAAACUAUUAGGAAGCUUGGAGGUCACUCUAGAAGGAAUAAUAACUAAAUGUUAUUAUUUUGCAACUGCGGUCUGGAAUGAUCAUUUAAUUUGGAUGUGAUGGAAGUCAGUGCAGUAAGUUCCCAUUCCAAUGGGUUGCAAACCUUGAAGCAUUCAACACCGGCAGAUGAUGGGAAAAUGCCUAGUGAAAAGGGAUAUAGAAGUACUCAUACCAAUGGGAAGCCAAAUUUGAUGAAUACUUCCACUUAUGUUAAUCAUGCUGCAAUUGCAUGGUAUGAGGAGAGAAGAAAGUGGGUUGGAGAUAAGUCUCAACAUCCACCAAGAAUGCCUAAAGAUUCAGUUAUUAGUUGGUCGACUUCAUAUGAAGAGUUACUUUCUACUGAUGAACCUUUUGCAGAGCCAAUACCUUUGCCUGAGAUGGUAGAUUUCUUAGUUGAUAUUUGGCAUGACGACGGGCUGUUUGACUAAAUUGUUCCAAGGUUUAAAUAAAUGACAACUGAAGCCAGAACUCUGUAAAGCCUUAAAACCUGCAUUCAUUUGCCACUCACUGGUCAUAAGAUAGGGAUGCUAUUGGGGAUCAUUUCGUUAUCCUCCUGGUAUAGGGGAAAAAAAGAACGAUAAGGAAGGUCCUUAGUUCUCGUUGAUUUAAGAGAAAAAUCAGUAGAUAUCUUAUUAUUGCACCUUUGUAAGCCGUUCCUUAUGAGGUUCCUCCAUGUGUAAUUUUUUUAUCCCAGCCUUACAAAUAUCUGUUACCUAUAAUUAUUUCAUACAAGUACAUUUAAAGUAA